CAUCACGAUAAAUGGAUGAUUUUGAGUGGCGUGACCCCCUUUCGAGGGCGGACCAGAGGCGGAAGUUGGACUCGGAAGAGGUGGCGUUGGGGAGAACCGGAACCGAAAAUGGCCGCGAGGUGGCUCCUCUUGGUGCUCCUCUUCGCUCGAGCCGCCGCUCUUCCCGAUGUCAUUAGGAUAGGGGGCCUGUUUCACGAGUCGGAUGAGAAGCAGAUGGUGGCCUUCCGCUAUGCCGCGGACAAGAUCAAUGGCAACAGGGACAUCCUGCCGAGAUCGCGGCUCAGCGCACAGAUUGAACAAAUAUCGCCGCAGGACAGUUUUCACGCCUACAAGCGCGUUUGCCAUCUACUGAGCAGCGGCGUCGCGGCGAUCUUCGGGCCGCAGAGCGCGCACACGGCGUCUCACGUCCAGAGCAUCUGCGAUACCAUGGAGAUACCGCAUUUGGAGACUCGCUGGGACUAUCGUCUCAGACGUGAGAGCUGCCUCGUCAAUCUUUACCCUCACCCAACGACACUCUCUAAGGCGUACGUAGAUCUGGUGAAAGCAUGGGGUUGGAAAAGUUUCACCAUAAUCUACGAGAACAACGAAGGCCUGGUGCGCCUUCAGGAGCUUUUGAAGGCUCACGGACCCAGCGAAUUUCCCAUCACUGUGAGACAGCUCGGCGAGGGAACUGAUUAUCGGCCAUUGCUGAAACAGAUAAAGAAUUCGGCGGAAUCGCACAUCGUGCUGGACUGCUCAACCGAACGCAUCUACGAGGUGUUGAAGCAGGCACAGCAAAUAGGAAUGAUGAGCGACUACCACAGUUACCUCAUCACCUCCCUGGACCUGCACACCAUUGACCUGGAAGAAUUCAAGUACGGUGGGACCAAUAUUACUGCCUUCCGAUUGGUCGACCCUGAGAAGCCAGAGAUCCAGAAGGUGGUUCAUGAUUGGAUUCACGGCGAGGGUCGCUACGGUCGCAAGCUCGACAUGGGUCAAGGCACCAAUAAGAACAACCUCACCGUAUUAAAGACUGAAACGGCCCUGAUUUACGACGCGGUGCAUCUCUUCGCAAAAGCCCUACACGUCUUGGACACUUCUCAGGAAAUUAAGAUUCCGCCGCUAUCCUGCGACUCCAACGAGAACACCUGGUCUCACGGAUACUCCCUCAUCAAUUACAUGAAAGUCGUAGAAAUGAUCGGUCUGACGGGAAUCAUCAAGUUCGACCACGAGGGCUUCAGAUCGGACUUCGUCUUGGACAUAAUCGAGCUGAACAGCAAAGAAGGUUUGAAGAAGAUAGGCAUCUGGAACAGCACCGAUGGCGUAAACUUCACGAGGAGCUACGGCGACGUCUACACGCAAAUAGUCGAGAGUCUGCAAAACAAGACGUUCAUAGUGACUACAAUCCUGAGCUCGCCGUACUGUAUGCGCAAGGCUUCGAGUGAAAAGCUCACAGGAAAUGCGCAAUUCGAGGGCUACAGCGUCGAUUUGAUCCACGAAAUAUCUCGAAUCCUUGGCUUCAACUACACGUUUCGCCUGGUGCCCGAUGACCGCUAUGGUUCCUUCAACAAAGAGACUAAGGAGUGGGAUGGCAUGAUAAAGGAGCUAUUGGACCAGAAGGCUGAUCUGGCGAUCGCCGAUCUUACGAUCACCUAUGACCGCGAACAAGCAGUCGACUUUACUAUGCCGUUUAUGAAUCUUGGAAUCAGUAUACUAUACCGGAAGCCGAUCAAGCAGCCGCCGAAUUUAUUUUCGUUCCUAAGUCCCCUGAGUUUGGAUGUUUGGAUCUACAUGGCAACUGCUUACCUUGGAGUUUCGGUUCUUCUCUUCAUCCUUGCAAGAUUCACACCGUACGAAUGGUACAACCCGCACCCCUGUAACAAGGAUCCGGACCAUCUGGAAAAUCGCUUCAAGAUGCUGAAUUGUCUAUGGUUCACCAUUGGCUCCUUGAUGCGACAAGGCUGUGACAUCCUGCCCAAGUUCAGCCCCUACGAGUGGGAGAAUCCCCAUCCGUGCAACGCCCAGUCCGACGUCCUCGAGAACGAGUUCACGCUGCUGAACUCGCUCUGGUUCACCAUAGGCUCGCUCAUGCAGCAAGGCUCUAGUAUAGCUCCGAAGGCAGUUUCCACGCGCAUGGUGGCAGGGAUGUGGUGGUUUUUCACGCUGAUCAUGAUUUCAUCGUACACCGCCAAUCUGGCCGCCUUUCUUACCGUGGAAAGAAUGGAUUCUCCUAUCGAGAGCGCCGAGGAUCUCGCGAAGCAAACAAAAAUUAAGUACGGAGCACUUAAAGGCGGCAGCACCGCGGCCUUCUUCAGGGAUUCGAAUUUUUCGACGUACCAGCGUAUGUGGUCCUUCAUGGAAUCAGCGCGACCACCUGUGUUCACGUCCAGUAAUGGCGAGGGAGUAGACAAAGUGAUAAAGGGAAAGGGGAACUACGCAUUUCUAAUGGAGUCCACCUCCAUCGAAUACGUAAUCGAGAGGAACUGCGAGCUCACGCAAAUUGGGGGCUUAUUGGAUUCCAAAGGAUACGGCAUUGCCAUGCCUCCAAACUCACCGUUCCGAACUGCAAUUAGCGGGGCCAUUUUGAAGCUGCAAGAGGAGGGAAAACUCCAUAUAUUGAAAACGAGGUGGUGGAAAGAAAGGCGCGGCGGUGGAUCCUGCCGAGACGACACAUCGAAGAGCAGCUCUGCAGCAAACGAGCUGGGUCUUGCGAACGUCGGGGGAGUGUUCGUGGUGCUGAUGGGCGGCAUGGGUGUCGCUUGCGUGAUCGCGGUUUGCGAGUUCGUCUGGAAGAGCCGAAAGGUCGCCGUUGAGGAGCGGACGUCUCUGUGCACCGAAAUGGUGAGUGAAUUACGGCACGCUCUGGAUUGCGGCAAUGGCAAUAAGAAGCCGUCAAAGAACGCUCUUCGCCAUCGUCGGAGGCAACCCUCGGACUUGUCAAUCGUGUCCGACGAGGGCGACCACCCUCUGUACGCAAUGUACGCGCACUUCAUCGGAAAACCACCUUUGACAUAAAACAAACGAAGCUAAAUUACGAACGUAAGACAAAACUACACGUCGACGUGGUUUAACCACUUCGGUACCAGCGUCGACUUUAGUCGAUGGCCGUGAUAUGAAGGCAUACAGCCGAGCGUCGACUUUAGUCGAUGGCCGUGAUAUGAAGGCGUACAGCCGAGCGUCGACUUUAGUCGACGGCCGGGAUAUGAAGGCGCAUAGCCGAGCGUCGACUUUAGUCGACGGCCGUAAUAUGAAGGCGCAUAUCCGAGCGUCGACUUUAGUCGACGGCCGUGAUAGGAAGUCUCACAGCCGAGCGUCGACUUUAGCCGACGGCCGUGAUAUGAAGUCUCACAGCCGAGCGUCUUUAGUCGACGGCCGUGAUAUUAAGAUGCACAUCCGAGCGUCUUUAGUCGACGGCUGCGAUAUGAAGAUGCACAGCCGAGCGUCAUCUUUAGUCGACGGCCGUGAUAUGAAGGCUCACAACCGAGCGUCUUUAGACGACGGCCGUGAUAUGAAGGCGCACAGCCGAGCGUCUUUAGUCGACAGCCGUGAUAUGAAGGCUCACAGCCGAGCGUCUUUAGUCGACGGCCGUGAUAUGAAGUCUCACAGUCGAGCAUCGACUUUAGUCGACGGCCGCGAUAUGAAGGUGCACAUCCGAGCGUCGACUUUAGUCGACGGCCGUGAUAUUAAGAUGCACAGCCGAGCGUCGAUUUUAGUCGACGGCCGUGAUAUGAAGGCGCAUAGCCAAGCGUCGACUUUAGUCGACGGCCGGGAUAUGAAGUCUCACAUCCGAGCGUCGACUUUAGUCGACGGCCGUGAUAUGAAGGUGCACAGCCGAGCGUCUUUAGUCGACGGCCGUGAUAUUAAGAUGCACAGCCAAGCGUCGACUUUAGUCCACGGCCGUGAUAUGAAGUCUCACAGCCGAGCGUCGACUUUAGUCGACGGCCGGGAUAUGAACCCAUCGGCUAAUGAGCGCCGAAGUGGUUAAACGUUACCAGCGGAAAGCCAGCCGUUCGUUUCUUCUUGACUGACAACUAUUUCAUGAAACAAGAAGAUGCCAAUUUCAUGAACAAUCGUCCCAUCCGAUAAACUGCGAUCUGAAAAUAAAAAUUUCACGAUAUGAGUGUGAUAACACGGGCAGCUGUCGCUAAGUGUACAUACGUAUUGUAAGUCCAUCGCAUUUAGGGUUACUGCACGUGAAUUUUCAUAACGUCAAUGGUAAAUAAUUCCACAGAGCGAGCCUAUAGUGUAAGAGAGAUCGAAGUCAAAUGUAACACAGGGCAUUGUAACAAACGUUAUAAAUGUUACCUUUAAACUUGAAAAAACGUAUCGAGACAGUGGAAGCUUUCCGAUAUCGCAAUGAACGUUUCGCGGUAAUUUAAUGUUUGUUAAACUAACCGUUCCGUGGUUAUGAACAUUUUUCAUAAAGGCAUAGGCGUGUAACAUUUUUAUGGGUUCAAUAUUUUCGAUUUGUAUUUAAUUCCGGGGAAAUGAAACCGAUUUACUCGUGCUACGGCAUUGCAUAUAGAGUAAUUCGUUGUAUGUUUAAUGGAUUUAAAGUUAAAACAACUAAGUAGUUAUAAUUAUAUCAAUCGUUUGACGGAAUUCGUUGGGGAUAAGUGCAAGAAGUCAAAUUGACUCCAGUAAUCUACAUUGCCGAAGAACACAUUCGAUAAAAUUUAUUUCCAGCAGACAUUUCAACACAAAAACAUACCUUGUAUACAUCAAAAUAUUCGUAAACGGAAUGAAAACAAAAUAUAUCAAUUUGACAUAUAUUGUUUAACCUGUACAUCGGUUACAAGUCUACCAAAUGUUGCUUUCAUUUCCGAACGAAUCCCAAAUUAAUCCAAUCUGUUGUGCAUUUACGUAUUUGUCAACUUAUACCUAGCGUCCUUAAAUAUUCAUACAAUUUUUCAAAUUUAUAACUAACGUUACAUUUGCUCCGAUAAGUGUUACAAUUGCACCCCACAUCGGUAGCCAUUGUACAUAGACGUUCGGUACGGAAAAUAUAGUUGGCAAUUUUUCAUGAACUUGUAAAGCGAUAAAAUCUAAACUAUCUUUUGGUGAAAGGUUCGGUUAAUGUAUGUACCCAGUUUCAAUUGUAAAAAUCCGUUAUUGUCAAUUACAGAGUUAAAAAUGUAAAAGAAUUGUUACAAUUUACCUCGGUCCCCCUUACCCUCGAAAUUGUUAUGCUUCCGUUUAAAUGAGCCGCUCAAGGGUGUUCAUGAUUAUGAGAAUUCAUGUGUAAUAGGCAUUACAGCGCGAUGCAAAAUGCGUAAUUUUAUAUGUUCGAUCUCACUCGAGUGAACUAAUCAAAACUCGAUCGUUGAUGGGAGCAACGUAUGAAGGGAGCGUUUGUCAUUGAAUGUAAUUUUUUGACUAACUUGGUUAUUGUUGGGUUUACAUUAAUAGGUGAGCUAUCUCGAUUGUGUUGUAUCAUAGGAAUAGAUUUUGUUUUAUCAUUUCCCAACCUUUCAGAAAAUCAAAUUUGACACGUUUACUCUGAGAAGAAAGGUUUCAUUGAAUCUGAUUCGAAUGAAUUGGAUGCAACAUUUUUUCGGAAUGAUAAGAAUAUAUCUGAGUCAAAUAAUAAUUCUUUGAUUUGACAAAACGUUUCAUUGGUACUGUUCAAAGAAAUCAUUUUUUGGUUCGGUGAAUUUUUUUCUUUCUCAACGUAACCGUACGCGGUUAAGACCAUUUUGAUUACAUGGAAUUGCAAUUGAUUCUCUUAAAAGUUCCAAGUAUUUGUGCAUUUCUUAUCAAUUGUUGACGUACAAACUCUGUUUAACUUUAAUGCACGUUAUCUGCUUGAUAAAUCUCUCAGAGAGGCAAGACUUUUGCAGGACCACAAUAUUUAAUUGAAAUUCAUCUGAUCACGAUUCGGGACAUUUUCUCUCAACCAAAACCAAGUUCAGUCACGUGAUGCGACAUUUAUGUAGUAUAGUAAAGAAUGACGUCCAAUCGAUCAAAGUUAAUUGUAAAUUCAUGUAUCCAUUUUAUAGAUAAUACGAGAUGUGUCUCAACAUCGAGUGAUAUUUGUUUCGUCUUUGAGAAUGUCUACCAAAACGUAAAUUAUGUCUCGCAUUUUGUAAAUGUCAUUAACUAUGUUCCGAUAUUUCCUGGCAAAUCUUUGAGAGUAAUGUAUUCUACUAUUAUCACUGCCUCUAUACACAUCUUUAGCUACAGAAAUAUGAAAUAACUAAAAAAAGAAAGUACUUCAUGUUUGUUUAGACUUACAUUGCUUACAUGAUAAGUUAAUGUUAAGAAACAAAAUUCCGAGAGAUGUUAUUACCAAUUCCAGAAAUGAAACGUAUGAAAUCCGACGUAAUAAUUGAUUAUAACGAACCAAUUUCACUUUUGUGUGAUUACUAAAUAUCUUGAAAAUCUGCAUAGCGUACACUGUUUACAGUUUGGUAAAUAACUUUAUUAAUUAAAAUAACAACUAAUGGUAUACACCGUAUGCUAUGCAUUGUCACUAUUACACUGUGGUAUUGAAACAAUAAUAAUUAAAAAUUACACGGCAAAUAGAUAAUUUCUAAAUAUACGAAGAUUUAAACUGCUUAAUUAGCCAAAUUUCAUCCUGCUUUGCUUAUCAACCAAUUUUUUAAUAGUAUUUCAGAUUUUUGGUAUUUCUUCUUAACGAUGUUACUUGAAUGUGAAUACGUAUAUUUUACAAAUAUAAUCAUAAAAUUUGCAUUAAUUUCUGAAGUACCUACCAGUUGUUGAUUCAGUACUUAUUACACAGAUCAGAGGUACCAAUAAAUGACUGAUCUCAGAAUUCAGUGCCAACGUAACGUAAUAACAAUAACUACCACUCUACCAAUCAUUUUAAAGGGCAGAAGAAGUUUUCAUACUUUUUGCAGUGAAUAUCGGAACCUAGGCUUGCGAGACUAAAAUUAAUACUUCAGAACUGAUGUACAGGGUUCACCCCGAGAUAAUAAAGCUCGGGUAUAGAUAAAAUAGGAUCGUGUCUCGCUAGAUACAUGUCGUUUCAACUACCGUUUCCAUCUUGUGAGAGCCGUCAUUUCUCCACAUUGUAAAUAUCCUCGACUACACAGGUAAGGCGGCAAUCGCGGAAAAGAUAUCCUACGGAAACUCGCCGUCGUUUCAUCGACCCUUGUACAAAACUACGAGCGAGUAGUAUUCAUUUUUGCCUUCCUUCCUUUAAUUCCGAGUAUGCUUUCAUCGUAUUCACAGAGUUUACCUUGUAAUGGACAAAGACAACCCAGGAGACUCGGAAAACCCGUGUUUUGUGCGACCUUAUAAAUUUGCAUUACACCGACUUGCUAUUAUCAGUACAAUGUAACGUUGCUCCCGUGUAAUUGUAAGAGAACGACGGUACGGUAGCAUUGUGCCAUACUGCAGUAAUGUUCUAAAAGGUUAAGUCCAUAUGUCACCUGUUGUCGAUGCAUUUUGAAACCGGAGACAGACUGGUGUCCGUUGUGGUCAGAACUAGGGAUGAGAUCAUGGCAGACCAAAUGCAAGACCAAGACCAUGUUAGUCUUGGUCUUGGUCUCGCAUACUCGAAUUUUGGUCUUGAUCAGUCGAGUUUUGGUCUUGAAAAAUGUGCAAAACCAAGGCAAAGACUCCAAGACCAAGACCGAUUUUGCUCAUCACUGGUGACACGUUGGCGCAGCAAACGCUGCUGUUUCAGUUAAUUAAGAUAUCAAAUUUUAAUUGUGACAGGUAGUGACCCAAGCGUUUAUAUGGUGGAUAUGGUAAAAUAAGACGUGGAACGUUUCAAAGGCAUUUUUCAGUUGCCCAACAAACGCACUCAUUUGCAUUUUCUAUUCCAUCGGCGUGACAAGGUUGCUUGUCUAACAUGUUUGGUUUAGAUGAGUGCCACAUAUUAGGGUGAUCUAGUCACGGCGGUAUGAUCGCAGCGUGGGCCAGUCUGCCCCCAGCCUGAGAGAACCACUUCGAAUUGCUGUGAACAGGGUAUCAACACAGAAUCGUUUAGGAUGUAAUCGGAACUUUAAUUCAGAAGUGGUACCAUGCAAAUGCUUUGCAGCUAACUCAAAGUCCACGUCUCCUUAAAGUGAAGUUCUGAGGUCACGAAAGCCAAUAAAGUCAAUGAGCACGUAAUUUGAACGAAUUUCUUUAGACACGAGCAAUUGAACUUCAAAUAACGGUAAAUAGCCCAUCAUGUCGUUAUCGAACAGUGAAUUGAAAAACUUCUAAAACUUUCUAAGCUCUAGGUGGGACAAGUUUGAAGAAUUGUUGAGAGGAAUUAUAAAUCAGGUUUCUAAGAUGGCUCGACAUUGAAGUAUGGGUAACGUAAAUUAAGAAGUAACCUACUUUACUAUCCGAAUAUAAACUUGAUUGAAAUGUAACGUACUUGCCGGACUCAGUGACUGAUACGAUAACUUCCAUUUAUAAUACCUACAAUGUGCAACACGUUAUCACGUUAUCUCACAUGCAGUUGCAUUAAUGGCACAAUGUCGCGGUAUAUUUAGGUUCGUAUGAGCAGGAAAAUGACAACUUAGACCGGCGACAAAAAUGGAACUUCUUCUGCAGCGUUUCGAAGUUUGUCAAGGGACCAGUUGUAGGGGACAUUGAGUUUUCUCUGAUUGUUUGCUAGAGAUCAAUUCCGUGCCGACAACUCGUUUGGCGCCCGCGAAAAGAAGUUCCAGUAUCUCAUGACGGAUCGCAAAACCGCAGUAAGAAAGUUCUUCGAGACCGUUUAUGGCGCCAACGCGGUUUCCGGUUCUUUUGCGCUCACGCCCUUACUCUAGAAUUGUUUGCGUUACAAUCCGAGCAAGGCGAUGCCAUUGCGCCGAACUUCUUGUAAAUAAUAUGUCGGCUGCAAAACACCGUCGUUGUUUCGCGCGACUCUGCCAAAGUCCGCUGAUCAGAUCCUCGAUCGACGAUACUUCACAUUUGUAAUUGCAUUACGAGCAGCAUGCCAAUCGUGAAUAAACUAUUCAUCUGUA